CCUUUAGUUCCUUACCCGCGUUCUUCUAGGUCCCACGUCUCUCAUUCAAAGCCAAGGUUUUGACACUUUGUUUGUGACCUUCAUCUCUUCUCUCUAAUUCCCUGAUUACAAUUCACAACAUUUUGAAUUCUCAAUUAUUCUGAAUUGAUCUUCAAAAAAUGGGGAAUACAGUUUGUUUAUUUGGUGGGUGUAUUGAUCAAGCAAGCGUUGGAGUGAUUGAAAAAUGGGGUCGAUUUGAAAAACUUGCAGAACCAGGCCUUCACUUCUUCAACCCCUUCGCCGGUCAAAUGCUUGCUGGUGUUCUCUCUACUCGUAUCAAUUCUCUGGACGUCAAAAUUGAGACCAAAACUAAGGAUAAUGUCUUUGUGCAAAUGUUAUGCUCAAUUCAAUACCGUGUGGUUAAACAAAAUGCUGAUGAUGCAUUUUACGAACUGCAAAAUCCUAGAGAGCAGAUUCAAGCCUAUGUUUUUGAUGUUGUUCGUGCUGUUGUCCCAAAGAUGAAUUUAGAUGAGCUGUUUGAACAAAAAGGCGAGGUUGCUAAACAUGUACUAGAGGAACUUGCAAAGGUAAUGGGAGAAUAUGGAUACAGCAUAGAGCACAUUCUGAUGGUUGAUAUUAUACCUGAUCCAGCAGUUCGCAAAGCAAUGAAUGAGAUUAAUGCAGCCCAAAGGCUUCAGCUAGCUAGCGUGUAUAAAGGAGAAGCAGAAAAAAUUCUGCAAGUGAAGAAGGCUGAGGCUGAAGCAGAAUCCAAGUAUUUGGGCGGGGUUGGAGUGGCAAGGCAAAGGCAGGCAAUCACAGACGGUUUGAGAGAGAAUAUAUUGAACUUCUCAAACAAGGUUGAAGGAACAUCCUCUAAAGAAAUCAUGGAUCUUAUCAUGGUCACUCAAUACUUUGAUACAAUCAGGGAUCUUGGUAGUCAAUCAAAUAAUACCACUGUUUUCAUUCCCCAUGGCCCUGGUCAUGUCAGAGACAUCAGUGACCAGUUACGAAACGGGCUCAUGGAGGCAAAAAGUGCAAAUCUAGAUGGUAAUUAGUGUCUUCUAUUUCAGAUACAAUGCUGCUGUUAUUACUGAACCUCUUUGUGCUGUAUUACAAAUUUACAAGUCUAUAAACUGUGUUUAUACAAUAAACUUUAGACUUGGUAAAGAAAUGACAAUGUGGAGAAAAACGAUGAUAGGCAAUAGCUGUAAACUAUAUGAGUUUUUAUUGUGAAUGAAAUACAAUUUACAUUGGCUAUUUUCGAAGUCCA